AUGGACCUGCGGUCUGAGCUGCUAAAGUCCAUCUGGUACGGUUUCACAGCCCUCGAUCUGGAGAAGAGCGGUAAGGUGUCCAAGUCUCAGCUAAAGGUGCUGUCCCACAACCUGUGUACAGUCUUAUCCAUCCCACAUGACCCAGUUGCUUUGGAGGAGCACUUCAGGGAUGAUGAUGAUGGUCCAGUUUCCAGUCAGGGUUAUAUGCCUUACCUCAACAAAUAUAUUCUGGACAAGGUUAUUGAAGGCUCUUUUAUUAAGGAAAACGUAGAUGAGCUCUGUUGGACACUUACAGCAAAGAAAAACUACCAGACGGACAAAACCAGCAGUACUGUUCUGCCAGAGAAGGAUGCUUUUCGACUUUGGUGCCUUUUUAAUUUUCUCUCUGAAGACAAGUACCCUUUGGUUAUGGUCCCUGAUGAGGUGGAGUACCUCCUCAAGAAGAUAUGUAUGGGUAUGAGUAUUGAGUUCAACUGUGUUGAAUUAGAGGACUUCUUCUCCCAAGAAUCAGUGCAGCAGAGCGGCAUUACCGUUUGGGUUUUUCUGGCGAUGAUGAACUCAGGAAAGAUAACCAGAGGAAUUGAAAAGACCAUAAUCAGCAUGGCUAUAGAGGAAGUGUACAGGGAGAUAGUUGGUGAUGUCCUCAAAGAGGGUUAUCUGUGGAAGAAAGGCCAGCUGAGGAGAAACUGGAAGGAACGCUGGUUCACCUUAAGGCCGAGCAACUUGUCCUACUACACCGGGGAGGACCGCAAGGACUGCCAGGGCAACAUAGUUCUGGACGGGAACUGCUGUGUUGAGGAAGUAGACGAUCAAAUAUUGUUUGGUCGCUCAAAAUGGAUCACAAACGUCUUUAACCCUGUGCUACCAGACCGGGAUGGGAAGAGGUGCAUGUUUUGUCUGAAAACCCUCUCCAAGACAUAUGAGAUGAGCGCCUCAGACACCAAACAGAGACAGGAGUGGACUACAGCCAUUCAAACAGCUAUUAGGCUGCAUGUGGAGGGGAAAACGUCCCUCCACAAAGAUUUGAAAAUGAAGCGGCGUGAACAGCGGGAGCAGCGGGAGAAGAGACAGCAGGCCAAGGAGGAGGAGCUGCACAGGCUGCGGGCCCUGCAGGAGGAACGGGAGCGUAAGCUGGCGGAGUUGGAUCUUCUGAAGGAGGCCCAAAAGCAGGCUCAGGCCCUCCUGGAGCAGGACGAGCAGAGGAGGCGCCAGCAGCAUGAACAGCUCCAACGGGCCCUGGAGGUCCAGCUGCGAGAGGCUGAGGAGGCUCGGGUCAGCAUGCAGGCAGAAAUGGCUCUAAAAGAGGAGGAGGCAGAGAGACAGAGGAAGAGGAUCCAGGAGCUGGAGGAGAUGCAGAAGCGUUUAGAGGAGGCGCUGCAGCAGGAGAUCAAAGCCAGGCGAGAUGAGGAGGCCUUCCGCUACGCUCAAGCAGGCUUACUGGCAGAGGAAGAGGAGAAAAUGAAGGCCCUGAUGAGACUGCAGGAGGAACAAGAGGAGUACAUCCUGAAGACACAGAGAGAGAAGCAGGAGCUCAAACAGGAAAUGGAGGCCAAGUCCCGGUCCCUGGACGAGGCGCAAAGGCAGCUAGAGCAGGUCCGCGCCAACCGGCACAGGGUUGACCAGGAUGUAGUGGCUGCACAGCGGAAACUUCGCCAGGCGAGCACCAAUGUCAAACACUGGAACGUCCAGAUGAACAGACUGAUGCGACCAAUUGGACCAGGCGAGAAGAGACCAUCGUUGGGAAGCUCCUUCUCAAGCUUCCAGAUCCCCACACAAAGAGAUCCCGGUCUGCGUCUCAGAAGGAGAUCAGGAUCAGAGAAUCAGGACGAGGAGAGCAAAGAGAAUGUUGACACCACAGCUGGAUGUGAUUUAGAGAAACGCCACUCGCAUGCCUCUAAUGGAGACAUGGACAUCCCCUGAAAACAUGACUCAGACAGGCUGCGUUGGUCAAUUCUGGUCAUUCUGUAAGGUUUUCUGACUGGAAGGGCAAGAGAUAAAAACAGUGGCACAUCUACACUUAAAACUGAAUUUACUACCAAAAGUACUACCAUUUCAAUUAAAGGUUAAAUUUACUGACCUUGUUUCACAGACAGAAACAGUUUAAAACAUUUGCAUUUGCAGAAUCAACUAAUGCUUUGACUGCAGCCUGUGUGAGGCCUGUUGUGGACUUAACAAUACCUCAAUGCAAAAGAAAUGAGCUGUAAGCAAGGUCCUGGAAGUACAAAGUAAGUUGUGAUGUUUAAAGGCAAAUACUUACAUA